AGUGCCCUUGCAGCCUGGCUGUGGGGUGGGGUAGGGCCGCUAGGGUCACGUGGAAUUGGGCUCAGUGGGAGGAAGCCAGGCUGGUGCAGACGGCUGCGGAUGCUGGGGCUGGCCAGGAAAUCAAGGGUCACCUGCGCCAUGGACUCACCGGCCCCGAGCCAGCUCUGCCAAGCCCAGUCCUCGGCCCCCUCUCUGCUGACCUCCUACCGCUGGCACCAGGGGGGCAGCGGGGAGAAGGCGGCCGGAGGCUUCCGCUGGGGCCGCCUGGCCGGCUGGGGAAGAGCGCUGAGCCACCAGGAGCCCAUGGUGAGCAGCCAGCCGGCCCCCCGGUCGCUGUUCCGCCGGGUGCUCUCCGCACCCCCCAAAGAAUCCCGGAGCGGUCGUCUGCGGCUCUCCAAGCCCCUCUGGAGUCGUUCCAAGAGCACAGCCCCGGAGCCGGAGCCCGAGCCAGAGCCGGAGGCCUCAGAGCCAGAGCUGGAGCCGGAGCCGCUGGGCCCCCAGAUCCCCGAGGCCCCCACCCCGGAUGUGCCUGUCUGGGACAUCGGGGGCUUCACCCUGCUGGAUGGAAAGCUGGUGCACAUUAGAAGUGAAGAGGAGGGUCCUCGACGACCCCGGGCGGGGAGCGCUAGCUCGGGAGGCAGCAUACAAGCAGCUGUGGGAAAUCUCAGGGACCCAGAUCGAACCCCUGGAAAGACCGAGCCAGAGGCCGCUGGCUCCAGCCAGGUCCACAAUGUUCGGGGCUUGCUCAAGAGACUGAAGGAGAAGAAAAAAUCCAGGUCGGACCUGGGAGCCAGCGUCCCCCGGGAUGGGUCCCCCAGCACUCUGGGCUCUAGAGAAUCGUUGGUCACCAUCUCCGAGCUGGACCUCGAUGCGGAGCGGGACGUGCGGGUCUGGCCGCUGCACCCCAGUCUCCUGGGGGAGCCCCACUGCUUCCAGGUGACGUGGGUGGGUGGGAGCCGAUGCUUCUCCUGUCGCUCGGCGGCUGAGAGAGAUCGCUGGAUCGAGGACCUUCGUCGCCACUUCCAGCCGAGCCAGGAUACCGCCGAGCGCGAGGAGACGUGGCUGAGCGUGUGGGUGCACGAGGCCAAGGGGCUGCCCCGGCCGGCGGGGGCGCAGGGCGUGCGCGCCGAGCUCUGGCUGGACGGCUCGCUGCUGGCGCGCACGGCUGCGCGCUCCGGCCCGGGCCCGCUCUUCUGGGCCGAGCGCUUCCACUUCGAAGCGCUGCCGCCCGCCCGGCGCCUGUCGCUGCGGCUGCGCGGAGCCGGCCCGGCGGGCACAGCCCUGGGCCGCGCGGCGCUGGCGCUGGAGGAGGUGAGCGCCCCCCGCGCGCCCCCCGCCGGCCUGGAGCGCUGGUUCCCGCUGCGCGGGGCGCCGGCCGGGGCGGCGCUGCGGGCGCGGGUGCGGGCGCGCCGCCUGCGCGUGCUGCGGUCCGAGCGCUACAAGGAGCUGGCGGAGUUCCUGACCUUCCACUACGCGCGCCUGUGCGGGGCACUGGAGCCCGCGCUGCCCGCCCAGGCCAAGGAGGAGCUGGCGGCCGUCAUGGUGCGCGUGCUGCGGGCCACCGGCCGGGCGCAGGCAUUGGUGACGGAUCUGGGCACCGCGGAGCUGGCGCGGUGUGGAGGCCGUGAGGCGCUGCUGUUCCGAGAAAACACAUUAGCCACCAAGGCCAUUGACGAGUACAUGAAGCUGGUGGCGCAGGAUUACCUCCAGGAGACGCUGGGGCAGGUCGUACGGCAUCUCUGUGCUUCCACCGAAGACUGUGAGGUGGACCCCAGCAAGUGCCCUGCCUCGGAGCUGCCCAAGCACCAAGCCAGACUUCGGGACAGCUGUGAGGAGGUCUUUGAAACCAUCGUCCACUCCUACGAGUGGUUUCCGGCAGAGCUGGCUGCUGUGUUUUCAGGCUGGCGAGAAGCGUGCAAAGCAUGUGGCUCCGAGGCACUGGGCCCCCGCCUGGUGUGUGCCUCCCUUUUCCUGCGGCUCCUGUGCCCGGCCAUCCUGGCACCCAGCCUCUUCGGCCUGGCUCCGGAACACCCAGAGUCAAACCCAGCCCGCACCCUCACGCUGAUCGCCAAAGUCAUCCAGAAUCUCGCCAACUGUGCCCCAUUCGGUGAGAAAGAAGCCUACAUGGGCUUCAUGAAUAGCUUUCUGGAGGAUCACGGGCCAGCCAUGCAGCGCUUCCUAGACCAGGUGGCCACGACUGACGUGGAUGCCGCACCCAGCGGUUACCAGGGCAGCAGCGACCUGGCCUUCCAGCUGGCUGUCCUGCAUGCCCAGCUCUGCACCAUCUUCGCUGAGCUUGACCAGGCAACCCGUGACAGCUUGGAACCUCUGCCCACCAUCCUACAAGCCAUCGAGGAAGGCCGCCCUGUUCCUGUGUCUGUGCCAAUGCGUCUCCCAUCGCCCCCUUCCCAGGUCCACACCAGCUUCUCCACAGGGGACAAGCCAGGCUUCCUGGCGCCCCGGGACCUCUCCAAACACAGCCCUCUCAUCAAGAGCCAGUCCCUGCGCACCUUUCAAGGCGCUGGGAGCUGGGCCCGGCGGCAGGUGGAAGAGGAGCGACACCCACGGCGGACCCGGCCGGUGCAGCGCACACAAAGUGUCCCCACUGCCCGCCGCCACGCCUCCCUGGGGCCCCAGCCACGCCCCAAAGGCGCCAUUAGAUCGAGCCACCCGGCCCGUGGCAGGCCCUGGACCGGGGUCUCCACCUCACUGCCUCGGAAGCCAUCGGUGCCCUGGCAGCGCCAGCUGGACCAGCCACCACGAGACCAAGAGCAAGUGCUGGGCACACGCCGGCCUAUGGGCAAGCUGGCAGAGCUGCAGGGUGAGGUGGCUGCGCUGCGCGAGGAGCAAAAGGCGCUGUCCCGCCUGGUGGAGUCUCUGAGCACUCACAUCCGGGCCCUGACGGAGCAGCAGGAGAAGCUAAGGGGACAGCUGCGGGAGCUGGACGCCGGGCUCCGCGCUGCAGGAACCUCGGAGCUGGAUCCAGCAGUCGGUCUUCCCAGUGCUGAAGGCCAUAGGUUGAAAAGUCUGGAGCGCCGCCUGACCAAGAUGGAGCACACCCAGGCCCAGCUGAAGGACUCAGUCCACGACCUGCAGCUGGUUCUGAGGACGCCGGGGUCCCUGAGCCAGCCCCUGCCUCUCCAAGCACCCUGCGUCAAUGGAGACACCACCUGAGCCCCCCCAAUCCCCCCCAGCGUGCCCCAGGAGCGGAGGCUCGGGGAGGGGGGUCUGACUCUGCCUUAGGCCAAGCAGGCCUGUGAAGCUGUGCAGUAAAAUCUCGAUUUCAGUA